AUAAAGUCACCAUGGGAGAUUUCCGGGAGCAAUUGAAGGCAGCACCUUUAAAGCCACUCUACCCACAUGUCGCGUGAUGUCAUAACGCAGCACUGCACACACUGCUAGCUGAAGAGAUAAGCCGCAAGCACAUCCCCCUCCUGCUGUAAGUCAUAAACCUCCACAUCACUGCAGGCAUUUAACAGCUGCUUCAGACAGGAUGAGGAACUCAGGAGGAUCUGUCUGAUCCAGGCAUCUGAAGAAAGGCAUGGAGCAAUGUAAGAUUUCCCAGGCUUAAUGAAUGGAUUGUGUGAGUAAUGGCUUAGUGUACAUAGUAGGAGUCACGGUCUAAGUGGUUUUCAACUAUUCAAGAGCAACCACCGAGGGUGUGUCUGGAACACUGUUACUACUACGGCAUGCAGGAUGGGCCAAACGCGCUCGGAUCUAUCGCACAGCGCCGCCACCCCUGGCAGAGCGAAAUGGAAAGCAGGCGAGACAGCCCAGCGGCUCCGUAUCCGCAGACCUAGGAGCGGAGAGAAGCGACGAACCAGUGACCAGUUAAACAGGAAUCCGAUGAAAAAUAAAGUGCUGUCGUGUUUGGGGAGGAGAAAGCGAGACUCCAGCCAAACAGAAGCGGAUUUGGGUUGCGGAAACGGAGCCGGAGAUCCAGCAGCGCACCGCGAUCACAGAGUAGGAAAGUUGCCGAGGGACGAGGUGGUGUCGACGAGUGGGGAACAGCAAGCAUCCCCGGGUUGUUUCGAGGGAGCGUCCGGCCUAGAUGAUAACACCGAGGCUGUGAACCGAGAGGCAGCGGCUGGCCCGUCCGAUGCGUCAGGUUCGGAAAGGCGGACCGGAGAAGUCAGCGGAGCGGGCUGCGAGGAGCCGAAACCCGAGCGAGAGGACAAUGCCUCGGACCCCCCGACGAGGGCCAUGGAAGAUCAGCCACUGGGGGGAAACAACCAGGGUCGUCUUGUGGGUGAAGUUGGAGAUUUAACCGGGACGAGUGUGAGUUCUACCCCGCCGCUCACCUCUGACCCGGACACUGAGCGGACUCUGUCUGACUUGCCCCUGGAUCAAGCGUUGGGCAGCGGGGAGGCUAACAUGACAAAAACUGACUGUAGCCCCGCUCCCAAGGCAGAGCAAGAACAAAACAACUGCUGUCCGGUUGAAAAGGACACUAAUCAGGCCCCCCACGGCCCCACAGGAGGCCAAAGCUACCCAGGAACAAUCCCGAAACUCAUCAUAACCAGAGACCCCAGUCCGACACGGUCUCAGGGGACACCGGCCCAGCUCAGCACCCGCACGUGUCUGGACCCUCACCCAGACGACGAGUCCCCCUGCUCGGACAGCGGCUGCGGAGGGUCCCCCGCGCUGAUGCGGUCCCCGAGGAAGCUGUCCAACUCCUCCUCCAUCGGCUUGUCCUCCGCCUCGUCCUUCGAGGAGUCCGAGGACGACUUCACAGGGAGCGACAUCGAGUCCAGUCUGUCUCCGGCUCGGUCUCUGUGCAGCCCGGACGAUGGGACAGGGAAUAAGUCGUGGCAGAAACUGAAGACCAUGGUUCACUGGUCCCCCUUCGUCGUGUCCUUCAAGAAGCGUUACCCGUGGGUUCAGCUUGCUGGCCAUGCAGGUAACUUCCAGGCUGGGGAGUACGGUCGCUUGUUGAAGCGAUACUGCGAGUGUGAGCAGCAGUGUCUACAGAAGCUGAUGAAGGACACCCUGCGCCCGCACGUGCCUGGUUAUUAUGGGGUGGUCCAGAGAGACGAGCAGGACUAUAACCUGAUGGAUGACCUGCUGGCUGACUUCGACUCGCCGUCCAUCAUGGACUGUAAGAUGGGAAGCAGGACCUACUUGGAGGAGGAGCUCAUUAAAGCCAGAGAGCGUCCACGUUUGCGGAAGGACAUGUAUGACAAGAUGGUGGCGGUGGACCCAGGCGCCCCCACUGAGCAGGAGAAAGCUCAGCAGGGAGUCCUCAAACCCAGAUACAUGCAGUGGAGGGAGACGCUCAGCUCCACAGCCACCAUGGGCUUCCGCAUCGAAGGCAUUAAGAAAGCUGAUGGAACUUGUAACACCAACUUUAAGAAGACAAAAAACAGGGAGCAGGUGAUGCAGGCCCUGGAGGACUUUGUAGGUGGCAACACUCAGAUUCUGAAAUUAUACCUACAGCGGCUGGAGGAACUGCGCUCAGUCCUCGAGCAGUCACACUUUUUCAGGACACACGAGGUCGUUGGCAGCUCCCUGCUGUUCGUGCACGAUGCCUCGGGCAAGGCCAGAGUGUGGAUGAUCGACUUCGGGAAGACGGUGCCUCUGCCAGACCCUAGGACCCUGGAUCACAGGACUCCCUGGGUUGAGGGCAACAGGGAGGACGGCUACCUGUGGGGACUGGACAACCUCAUAGACAUCUUGAGCAGUAUGCUCCCACAGACUCCUUGAGAGGGUGACUCAGAAGACUGCAGUGAAACUUUGCUCCUGAUGAUGGUUUGUGAGAAAACAGAGCCAUUAAUUUGACCUUGUUCAUGAGCCUCACCAUGAUCUAAGUGUCUUUAUCCACCUGUGUAAGAAGAAAACGAAGACAAUCGCAGGACUUCUAUUGCAAAGUGGAGUAUGCCAAAAGCUGAUGUCAUGCAUUGGAGUUGAUGGCAAAAGGUAGAAAUAGAAAGAGGGAGAAGUGAUGGACUGGUUUAUUUUCAAAGAAUAUUAUCCUCUGACAGUCACUUUUUCAUUAAAGACAUUAAAUAUGGCUCAUCGCCCCCCCUCAUCAUCUCCCUCUGUUGGUCAGAUUUGCACACAGCACUCUCACCGACAUGAAAUUGAUGCAGAGGCGUGAAACCUGAGGAGCAUUUGGUAACGGGAGCUUUGUUUUCAUCAUGGACCAUUUUUGAUGUUUAAAUAUACAACAACACUAAAAACACUGGUCAGACCACGUGUUAACUAACUCAGCGUGUAAAUACAAGUUUAUUUAAUUUUGUUUCUUUAUGGCCUUGAUAUAACCUUCUGACCUUGUUUGUACGAUUUGUGUGCCUCGCAUUUUUAAAGAAAGAGCUGUUUGAUCAUUCCAGUGCUGUGGACUCCUUAUAUAUUUUUUUUUCCUUCCAAAGAGUUCACCCAAGUGUAAGAUGAUGUAAUCCCAAAGUGAGCAGAGGAAAGUAUUUUCUAAGAUUUGGAUUUUUUUUGUAUGAUAAUGCAGUGUGACGUUUCUUUUGUUUUCAUUUAACUGUACAGUAAGCAGCUUGGCAGCCAUGUUUGUCUGGAAUUUGUUGCACUAUGGAUCCUCACGAAGCCAUUGAACAAAAAUUAAGCCUUUGUGUGUCUUAAGGUGGGAAGCAGCAGCAGCAGUAAAAUACUGGGUUUACAGAUGAUUACAUGGAUUUAAUUUGCUGUUCUCUCUUCAUUCCCUUUGAUCAGUGUUGCUUUGGGAGUUUUACAGUGAAGCAAUGGUGCAAAGGGUGAAAUGAAACUGGAUUUACCUGCUUAAACUGAUGAGUCUGUUGAGGCUUCUGUGAGGUUUCUUCUUACACAUGAUCUUGAAACUGGAAACUUAUGAUUCAAAUAAUCAAAUGGAAGAAUAUCACUUUUAAACAGUGCUGUAAGCCUCAUUUAGCUACACUAAAGAGGAGGUUUGUGGGAUUGAUUAUUGUACGGAAGAGAGUUUACAAAGAAACCACGUUGUUAUUUUUAGAUGUUUGUGACUGUAUCUGUCAUCCCUUGACUGGAAUGCAGCAGGUCGGUGAACUCAAGUCUUCCAGACGUCCUUCAACAAUGUCAGGCAGCACUUGUUUGGGUGUGUGUGCGUUGGUGGAUCACUCAGUACACUCACAGUUUUGCUGCAGAUACCUGACUUCAUGAAAUUGGAAUUCAAAUUUAGACAGUCAGUUUUUCCUCUUCUGAAAAGGAAUCCUACUGGGAGAGGUGAAUAAUAGUGUUUACAAAGUAUUAUAUUUCUUUGCCCACAAAUCCUCUAUAUUUAUAACAUGGCAAACUAUCAGGUUCUCAAACUGGGUGCUGCUUUCUAAGGAAGAAGACUGGAUUCAAACCUACAUUUUGUAUUUUUCAAAGGCAGUGUAUUUUAAAGUCAAAAACACAGAUGGAAACAUGAUAUUAAUUCCCUGCUUUGUCCAGGUCAUGGAUUGCAAUAAACUGGAAAUAAGAGUU